ACUUUGAAGAUCAACAUUUCAUAAUUUGCUUAUAUUCUUUCAAUUUAAAUUCAAACUUUGGAAGAAUCCCAAAAGAGAAACGUAGAGCAAUGCUUCACUCAAAUAUGAAACAUUUUUCUUCAUCAACCACAUUGUUUUUUCUUUCUUUUGUUUUUGCUAUGUUGUGCACCUCAAAAGCUGUCAUUCAGAUACCAAGAAACGAGACAAUUCCAGCGGUCAUUAUAUUUGGAGAUUCCGUUGUUGAUACGGGCACCAACAACGAUAUCAUAACAACAGUAAAGUGCAAUUUUCCUCCAUAUGGGAGGGAUUUCAGGGGAGGAAUACCAACUGGACGAUUUUCAAAUGGAAAGGUCCUUUCAGAUUUCCUAGUGGACGAAUUAGGAAUUAAAGAGCUCCAACCAGCAUAUAGGGAUCCAACUUUGCAACCCAAAGAUCUCUUAUCAGGUGUAAGCUUUGCCUCAGGUGGCACAGGAUAUGAUCCUUUAACAUCUAAAAUAGCGUCAGUCAUUUCACUAUCUGAGCAAUUACAAGACUUCGAGCAAUACAUAGGAAAGUUGAAAGGAAUUGUUGGCGAAGAAAGAACAAACUUCAUAUUAGCCAAAAGUGUAGUCUUUGUGGUUGCUGGUAAUAAUGACAUUGCCAAUGCCUAUUAUCUUUCUGGAAUUAGGAAAGCCGAAUAUGAUGUUCCUUCUUACACUGAUCUUUUGCUCAAUUUGUCUUCUACUUUCGUCAAGGAACUAUAUGGAGUAGGAGCACGGAGGAUUUGUGUUUUAAGCUUACCACCACUAGGAUGUUUGCCAUCACAACGAACUUUGGUUGGAGGCUCAGAAGAAGAGUGUGCAAAAGAGCCGAAUCAAGCAUCACAAGUGUACAAUGAUAAACUUUCCAGGGAGCUGGGUUACCUUAACAACAAUCUGCCUAACGCAAAGGUGGUCUAUAUUGAUUUCUACAACCCUCUACUUGAUAUCAUAACAAAUCCAGAGAAAUAUGGCUUUGAGGUUGCAAAUAAAGGUUGCUGUGGCACAGGAUCUGUAGAGGUAGCAAUACUGUGCAACCAAUUAACCCCUUUCACUUGUACAGAUGACUCCAAGUAUGUGUUUUUUGAUAGUUAUCAUCCUACAGAAAAAACAUACCAGAUUAUUGUCGAUGGAAUCCUUAAAAAAUAUAUCAACAGCAUCGUUUGAGGUUGUUGAUUUUCUUCUACUCAAAAGUAUUUGCCAGACUUUGUAUUCUUGUUUCCUCCUAUUAUUAUUGUAACAAAGUUUUGAAAAUUUCCUAAAGCUCGAUCCAAUUAUGUGAAUCAA